AUGUCGAACGUCUCAGAAUCGUUGGACGUUGGGACGUCCAAUGUGGCGAAGUAUGGAAUACUCGCAGUUACCUUGAUAGUUACCUAUCAAGUCUAUCAAAUCAUCUACAACAUCUACUUUCACCCGCUCCGUAACUUUCCCGGACCCCUAUCUCAAAGAGCAUCCAGACUACCUUGGGCUAUCCGACAUGCCAUCGGUUCUCAGGCUUUUCACACACAGAAGCUUCACGACAAAUAUGGAACCGUCGUCCGUGUUGGCCCUGACCAUCUCUCAUUUACAGAUGCCCGGGCAUGGAAGGAUAUCUACGGCCACCGUGUUGGGACCGAGAGCAAUAUGAACGAGAUGGCCAAAGCCCACACCUUUAACAAAACGAUCCGCCACAUCCCGACCUCGAUCAUAAACGCCGACCGUGAGGAACACUCGCGGUUUCGCCGAGCGCUCUCUCAUGGGUUCUCCGAUAGCGCGAUGCGCCAACAGGAACCUAUGAUUUCAAGAUAUGUCGAUCUUUUGCUGAAGAGAUUACACGAGGAAUGUGGUGAUGGGGAAAAUAAGUUGAAUAUCGAGGCUUGGUAUAAUUGGACCACUUUUGAUAUCGUUGGCGAUCUCGUCUUCGGCCAGUCGUUCCGCUGCCUUGAGAAUAUUCAUUAUCACCCAUGGAUCGAGUUCAUUUUCAGCAGCGUCCGGUUUGGCGCCGUCAUUGUGGCGAUGACUUAUAUCGGUUUGGGUGAACUGGUUCAGGUAAUGGUUAAGGUCAGUGCGAAUACUAUUAAGAGAGUACAGAAGUAUACCGAGGACAUGGUCAGAACACGGCUGGCGAUGGAGCAUGAGCGUGAUGAUUUGUUUGAGGGACUCGUCAAAAGGCGUGAGGACUGGGGCUUGUCGUUUGAGAAAUUGUCCUCAUCCGCAUUUAUUCUUGUGCUGGCCGGAUCUGAGACAACAGCCACCACCUUGUCCGGUGCCACCUUUCUCCUCUUGGCGAAUCCGGAGAUCCUCGAAAAACUGAAGCGGGAGGUUCGCUCAUCGUUUAAGAGCGUCGACGAGAUUAACAUUAACUCGGUUAACAAAUUGUCAUAUAUGCUGGCAAUCCUUAAUGAAGCACUGCGGCUCUACCCUCCCGUCACGUCAACUUUAGUUAGGACGGUUCCCCCUGGCGGAGAUCAGAUUGCGGGUCAAUUCGUGGCUGGUGGCUCGUUCGUCGAGGUCCAGCAUUGGGCAAUGAACCAUAGCAAGGAAAAUUGGAAGGAUCCGUGGACCUUCAACCCCGACCGAUUCUUAGCAACCCCUGAAGAGGCUGCUAAAGCGGGGAAUAAACUCGAAGCACUUCAGGCUUUCAAUGUUGGCCCGAGGAAUUGUAUCGGCCGAAACCUUGCGUAUGCCGAGAUGCGCUUGAUCCUAGCCCGCAUCAUCUAUGAGUUUGAUAUAGAGCUCUCUAACGAGAGUCAGCGGUGGAUUGAGAGACAAAAGACGUUUGCGCUUUGGGAAAGAAUCCCUCUUUAUGUACACUUGACACCAGUCAAGCGGUAG